UGAAAAAAAAAACCAAAAACCCAAUUUUAAAAAAAGCACUUUCUAUACCUUGGUUAUGAUACCAGUGUUUCAAAAAUUAUUGUGGGUCAAGUAGUUUGUUAUUUAUUAGUAACGAUGGGAAACAUUUUUAGCACCAAAAAAAAGACCAGGGUUACCGAACAGGAUAAAGCAGUAUUACAACUCAAACAACAAAGGGAUAAGCUGAAGCAGUAUCAGAAGAAAAUUCUGACAGUUAUUGAGAAAGAUAAAGAACUUGCAAGAAAACUUCUUAAAGAAGACAAAAGAGAACGAGCAAAAUUAUUGCUAAAAAAGAAAAGAUAUCAAGAACAGCUAGUGGACAAAACAGACAAGCAGUUGGACACAGUUGAACAACUAGUUCAUGAUCUUGAAUUUGCUCAAGUUGAGAUGCAGGUUUUGAAUAGUCUAAAGAUUGGCAAUGAAUCUCUAAAGGAAGUCAACAAGCUAUUUUCCAUUGAGGAUAUUGAAAAAAUUAUGGAUGAGACGCGAGAAGGAAUCGAAAAACAGAAGGAAAUCGAUGAAAUCUUAGCAGGGGCAUUGACAACUGAAGAUGAAGAUGCUGUAGACAUGGAAUUUGAAGAAAUACUUAGACAAAGUCUACCUGAUGUACCUAAAAUUUCCGAUGUUGAUACAUCCGAAAUUGAACUGCCUUCCGUUCCGACAGAGGAGCCCAAACCCAAGAAAGAAAAAAUCGGUCGAGAUCCAGAACCAUUAGCAGCCUGAAUUUUUUAAGGUUGUAUAAUGGGGAAUUGUAAGAAAUCAGUUCCAAUCAUUUAUCAUUUUUACGCAGUCACCGAUUUCCUGUAUGAAUAAAUGGAGCCUUUUAUUGGAUACAGCCGUGUCCGUCGGGUUAUUGACUAAU